AUGGAAUCAAGAGAAAAUGAGACAGAGCUAAGAAAAGGCUAUUAUUUAAUUAAAUCAUCGUCAUCGUCACCAUCAUCAUCAACUCAUCAUCAUAUCAUCAUCAUCAUCAUCGGUGCCUAUGGAAGAGCUGGUAAAGCGGAUAAGAUUGGAGGAGUCUUGCGUUUCAUCGAGAACUCGGACAUAAGGUUGGACCUUGUGUUCUUUAACUGUCUGGUGGAUGCUUACGGGAGGAUGGGGAAGUUUGCAGAGAUGAAAGGUGUUCUGGAACUGAUGGAGAAGAAGGGGUUUAAACCUGAUAAGAUUACAUACAGGACGAUGGUUAAGGCUUACAGAAUUAGUGGCAUGACUAGCCAUGUAAAGGGACUUCAUGGUGCGGUCGAGUCCGUUGAGUAUAGAACUGUCUCUGGUGUUGCGGGGCCUCUUGUCAUCCUUGAAAAAGUCAAGGGUCCUAAAUACCAAGAAAUUGUCAAUAUCCGUCUUGGGGAUGGAACUACUCGACGUGGUCAAGUUCUCGAAGUUGAUGGCGAGAAAGCUGUUGUUCAGGUUUUUGAGGGAACAUCUGGAAUUGACAACAAAUACACUACUGUACAAUUUACAGGAGAGGUUUUGAAAACUCCCGUUUCCUUGGAUAUGCUUGGUCGCAUCUUCAAUGGUUCAGGGAAGCCCAUUGACAAUGGUCCACCUAUCUUGCCAGAGGCCUAUUUGGAUAUUUCUGGAAGUUCUAUCAAUCCCAGUGAGAGAACCUAUCCUGAGGAGAUGAUCCAGACUGGGAUCUCCACCAUUGAUGUCAUGAACUCUAUUGCCAGAGGACAGAAGAUUCCCCUCUUUUCUGCUGCUGGUCUUCCCCACAAUGAAAUCGCUGCUCAGAUUUGCCGUCAGGCUGGUUUGGUCAAGCGUUUAGAGAAGUCGGAUAAUCUUCUUGAGGACCAGGAGGAUGAUAACUUCGCCAUUGUGUUUGCCGCAAUGGGUGUGAACAUGGAGACUGCACAAUUUUUCAAACGUGAUUUCGAGGAGAAUGGGUCCAUGGAGAGAGUGACACUUUUCCUGAACUUGGCAAACGACCCUACGAUUGAACGUAUCAUCACUCCUCGUAUUGCUCUCACGACGGCCGAGUACUUGGCAUAUGAAUGUGGAAAGCAUGUCCUUGUCAUUCUAACAGACAUGAGUUCCUACGCUGAUGCUCUUCGUGAGGUCUCUGCUGCCCGUGAAGAAGUGCCUGGAAGACGUGGUUACCCAGGUUACAUGUACACCGACUUGGCUACCAUCUACGAGAGAGCAGGACGAAUUGAGGGGAGGAAGGGUUCCAUCACUCAAAUCCCCAUUUUAACCAUGCCAAACGAUGAUAUCACGCAUCCCACACCAGAUCUGACAGGAUACAUCACGGAGGGCCAAAUCUAUAUUGACAGACAACUUCACAAUAGACAGAUAUACCCUCCGAUCAAUGUGCUGCCAUCUUUGUCUCGUCUCAUGAAGAGUGCCAUUGGGGAGGGUAUGACUCGCAGGGACCAUUCUGAUGUUUCUAAUCAAUUGUAUGCGAAUUACGCUAUUGGAAAGGACGUACAGGCCAUGAAAGCUGUGGUUGGAGAAGAAGCUCUCUCUUCCGAAGAUCUGCUGUACCUUGAGUUCUUGGACAAAUUCGAGAGGAAGUUUGUGGCUCAGGGAGCUUACGAUACCCGAAAUAUCUUCCAGUCACUGGACCUGGCAUGGACGCUCCUCCGAAUCUUCCCCCGUGAGUUGCUUCACCGUAUACCCGCCAAGACCCUUGAUCAGUUUUACAGCCGCGACAGCACCAACUGA